AUGGGUCCUCGGAAUCCUCGCCUGCGCAAUUCUUUCCUUCGUCAACCAAUUCUUCGGCUACCGUCAGAACCAGCUCUUCGUCGGCUCGGUCUCCGUCCAAAUCGUGGUGCUCCCACUCGGGAAGCUAAUGGCGGCAACUCUGCCUACCAGGAAAUUCAAAAUUUCCCCCUUUCGGAUUACAAAUUGUCGAUGAAUCCGGGGCCGUUCAACAUGAAGGAGCACGCCCUCAUCACCAUCUUCGCCAGCUCGGCUCGAGGGAGUGGAGGUUGUUCCGUCACUAUAUUUUUCAUUUUGGUUUUGUGCUGCUACUUCAAGCUUUAUAUAGCUAUUUCAGUUUUUUUUUUUUGCGAGAACGCAGCAUGCCAAAAAAAAUUCAAAUGGGGUAUUUAUGAAAAACCAAAAAAAACUCCAUGA